AUGUCGGUCCCACACCCAGAAACCCUUCCCUCCCUCAGCACACGCGAAGCCAUCAUCGACGUCAUGUAUCGCGCGGUCAUAGCCUUCGACCGCAACGACGUCUCCCUCCUCAAUUCCGCAUUUGCCGGAGAAGAUGUCUCCUUUCUCAUACUAGACCGCGAUGGGAACCGGGAGUACCAGGGCAUCUCCAAUAUCCGCAACCUUUUGGUCCAUGGUGUCGGCCCUAUGGAUUCGACCCAUAUGCUUAGCAACAUCCGCGUGGAUCUGAAGGAUGGAGCUGAUACCGCCUCUGUCACGGCUUAUGCGUUAGCACAGCAUUGUCCACCGGGAUUGGGAGGGCAAACAGAUGGGCCGAAGUUCUUGGUAGGCGGAGAGUAUUCGAUUGAUUUUGUAAGGGAUGCGACCGACGGCCCAUGGAAGGCCAAGAAGUGGGUGUUGGAUGUUAUUUGGAAGCAGGGCGAUGCUUCGGUCAUGGGGAGCUGA